AUGCUCAUCCCAGAAACGCUCAUGAACGAGCCAGCUGUUGCGCACGGCGCCUGCGUAAUGCUGCGGAACUGAGUCUCGUAGUACCACACCCCCGGGGAGGGAGGUAGAAGCAUCUGAAACCUUAAACCAUCAGAGGAGGGAGCGAGGCUUUGCAUGUAGGCGCGGAGAAUGGAGUAGCUCAGAGACAUAGCGGGGGAACGGAGCGCUGGAGGAGGGCGGGCGAGCGGUGGCUCUAGCGGGAGGAAGGCGCCCGGCGGAGGCAGCGCGAGAAAGCAGGCGACAUCAUGCACUAGGGGCAGGCAGGGGGCUGCUGAUUCCGUCUCUCUCACACGCGCAGCAGCGGAGAGACCGAGGAGCCCCUCUGUCUUGCGACUGGCAUCCCGCCGCAGCGCUGACUGAGCUUGUCAAUGGAGCUGGAAAACAUUGUGGCAAACACGGUCUUGUUAAAAGCCAGGGAAGGGGGUGGAGGAAAGCGUAAAGGUAAAAGCAAAAAGUGGAAAGAAAUCCUGAAGUUCCCUCAUAUUAGCCAGUGUGAAGAUCUUCGGAGAACAAUAGAGAGAGAUUACCACAGUUUAUGUGAGAAGCAACCAGUUGGAAGACUUCUUUUUCGUCAGUUCUGUGAGACUCGUCCAGAGCUAGAGUGCUGUAUUAGGUUUCUUGACUCAGUGGCAGAAUAUGAAGUUACUCCAGAUGAAAAACUGGGAGAAAAAGGAAAAGAAAUUGUGAUGAAAUACCUCAUCCCAGAGUCCACAGUUUAUGUAGCAGAAGUCAGUCGAGAUCUUGUCCAGCAGACAGAAGAAAACCUUGAAAACAGCCCCUGUAAAGAGCUGUUCUCACCUUGUGUAAAAUCUGUACACAUGUAUCUAAGUGGAGAACCUUUUCAAGAAUACACAGGCAGCAUGUACUUUGAUAGAUUUCUCCAGUGGAAAUGGCUCGAAAGGCAACCAGUAACAAAAAAUACAUUUAGGCAGUACAGGGUAUUAGGAAAAGGUGGUUUUGGGGAGGUAUGUGCUUGCCAAGUACGAGCAACUGGGAAAAUGUAUGCUUGCAAAAGAUUAGAGAAAAAAAGAAUAAAGAAGAGGAAAGGUGAAUCCAUGGCCCUAAAUGAAAAGCAGAUCCUAGAAAAAGUCAAUAGUAAAUUUGUAGUCAACUUAGCCUAUGCCUAUGAAACAAAAGAUGCGCUGUGUUUGGUUCUAACUAUAAUGAAUGGGGGUGACUUGAAGUUCCACAUAUAUAACAUGGGAAACCCAGGCUUUGAGGAAGAAAGAGCCUUGUUUUAUGCAGCUGAGAUUCUUUGUGGUUUAGAAGACUUGCAUAGAGAGAACACUGUGUACAGGGAUUUGAAGCCAGAAAACAUUUUGUUAGAUGAUUAUGGCCAUAUCAGAAUAUCUGAUUUGGGUUUAGCUGUUAAAAUUCCUGAGGGUGAAUCAAUCCGUGGACGGGUAGGAACAGUUGGUUAUAUGGCUCCAGAAGUCUUGAACAACCAGCGAUACACACUUAGCCCUGACUAUUGGGGAUUAGGUUGCCUGAUUUAUGAAAUGAUUGCAGGACAAUCACCAUUCCGUGGGCGAAAAGAGAAAGUGAAACGAGAAGAGGUAGACAGGAGAGUCUUGGAGACGGAAGAGGUUUAUUCCCAAAAAUUCUCUGAAGAAGCAAAGUCCAUCUGUAAAAUGCUACUGACCAAAGAUGUGAAGCAGAGACUUGGUUGUCAGGGAGAAAGUGCAGCUGAAGUGAAGAGGCACCAGUUUUUCAAGAGCAUGAAUUUCAAACGCUUACAAGCAGGAAUGCUGGACCCUCCUUUUAUCCCUGACCCUAGAGCAGUGUACUGCAAAGAUGUCUUGGACAUCGAACAAUUUUCAACUGUCAAGGGAGUGAACCUGGACCAAACAGAUGAUGACUUUUAUUCCAAGUUUUCCACAGGCUCUGUCUCUAUUCCAUGGCAAAAUGAGAUGAUAGAAACAGAGUGUUUUAAAGAACUGAAUAUAUUUGGACCAAAUGGUACUAUUUCACCAGAUCUUAACAGAAACUACCCACCAGAACCACCUAAGAAAGGAUUGCUCCAUAGAAUAUUUAAACGCCAGCACCAGAACAAUUCCAAGAGUUCUCCGAAUUCAAAGGCCAGUUUAAAUCAUCAUAUAAAUUCCAACCAUGUAAGUUCAAAUUCCACUGGAAGCAGCUAGUUCUACCUGGGUUUUUUUUGUGAACCUUCACGUCACAUCCUUCCACUAUACCAUAUGGAGCUUCAAGAAUGAGACAGCAUCCUUCGUUGAGCUAGAAGAUCAACAGUCUCCUACUGUGGGAGAAAUUUCCCUCUGUUCCUUCCAGUGGAGCCUCCCAUUUAAGAAGAAAUUUUCUCUCAGGUCUGUUUUGGAGGUAGCACUUGAAGUCUUGGGACUCAACGUUGUCUCUGUAGAACAUUGCAAUAGAAGCCAGAGUAUGACAACUUGCACGUAUUUAAAAUAGCAUCAUACCUAGAACUGAAUUUUGUCCUUAUUAUUUUUAAAGGAAAGGUUUUGUAAAUUUCUCUAUUGUCUCAGUUUACAUUUUGUACAUUUGUAUUUAAAUGAAAGUCGGACUUGGGGAUGUAUAUUUUCUGAGCAGCAGCUUGUAAAGCCAUGUGUUUUAAGACUUUUUUUAAAAAAGAGAAAAAGGUGACUCAAGACUUCCAUAUCCUCAAAAUUAGAUUUGUUUUUCCAAAUGUAGAAAAUUAUUCAUGUUUCACUUUUCCACAUUGGCUCUGUUGACAUGAAUUUUUUAUGGUAUACUUAAUUUUUCCCAUUUGUCUAUUUGGUUUACAGCAACACUGCAGACAAGUGUCUUCCCUUUGUUUCAUUAAAAUCCUUGAUUUUAAAUGCCGUCAAGUUUCACCGUCUCCCAGGACAAUAAACUCUGUCUGAGGUUCAUGACAUCAUGGGACCAAUGGUGUUGAUAUUUGCACUUUUUUGUAGUUAGUCUGUCUUGUUCCUACAAAAUUAACCCUUCCCUCUCUGUUGCCCAUGUUUAUAUUGUUAUUGCUAAGGUGGUGAAGAAAAAAAUGCUUAUGAUUGCAAGCGCAGAAAACUGGUAGGCCUCUGUUCUUCACUUGUGAAGCUUGAUCUUUGCUGCUCCUUUCAGAAAGAUGUCAAGAGACUGGAUUCAUAGUUUAAUCUCUGGAGCUUGAAUUUCAACUUUAUUUUGGGUUUGCAAAGUCAUUUGGAGGGAUGUUGGAUAUAUUUGCAUGUGUUGAAAUCCUAAUUUGACUCCUGGGUUCCCAUUGCACUUAUUUACAGUUCAUGAUGUUCCCUAUCCACUCACUGCAAAUUGAGGCAAGAUCAGGAUGUAAAUGGUUGUUGUUGUGAUCCUCAGUCUCAAAGUUGCUCCGCAUCAUAUCUGCUAUUGCAGUUGCAACUUCUUCUGCUUCUAUGGUAAAUAAGUGGCAGAAGAACUGUAUGGUAAAUACAGUUGCAGAACUGUAAUACUCAGUUCUUAAUUGAAGCUUCCUCACAUACAGUAUUUCUAUCCCAUUUUCAUUUUGCCAGGAAGUUCCAGAGCUGGGGAGCAUAUCUGUAUUUUGCAUCCUUGCCAAAUGUUUUGAAAAAUUACCUUUAAGCAUUAUGAUGGCUUUUGAGAAAUUAAGCACCUCAUGCCACUCUUGCUGGUGAAUGAAGUGUGACUAAAUUACGUGGAUUCUCUUUCCUCUGAUGAGAUGACUAAAACUUUUAACAUUAGCAUAAGAUACUGAAGAAUUAAUAACAUGCUUAUGUGGGCAGUCAUAAAUAAUGUUGGUCUCUUGAAUAAGGUUGAAGAGAGGAAUAUCCAUUUUUGUAACUGUCUUAUGAAUGAACGUCCAUGAAUGGAUGAAUAUCUGUUAAGCAUUAAAGGAUAUCUUUUUAUUACACAUUUCUGGAAAAGCUCUAAGUGCUAUGAUAUGUAGUUGCAUCUGUCCCGAUAACAUUGCGUAUGAUUCCCUGUGAAUGGAAGCCAAUGAUUUGAUAUACAGAUGCAUAAAUGUGUACGUUAAUAAUGGACAGGACAUGCCUACAGUGGGAAAAAGAAUUCAUCACAUGGAUGUCAUUUUCAUUGCCAGCCCCAUGUCUUUCAAAAUGCCUUGUCUAUAGUUGGAUAGUAAAAUUCCUCUCAGUAGACUCAAUCUAUGUCCUUCAAGAUAUUUUUAAGAAUUGGAUUCUUUUUCCACAGAAAUGCUGUUGUGCCAUUUUUGAUAUUUCAGAGCCAGAUCUAAUUUGUUUUCUUUUAUUAUCCUGAUUACAUAUUUCAUAGCCAUCUUGGCUAUCAACUUUGCAUGAAGAAUGCCACAGGUUCAGUCCUUUGCUCUCCGGCUUUAAGAGCAUUUCAGUUAACAGGUGUUCAGAAAGGUCUUUCUCUACCUGAAACACUGAAGAGGUUCUCUCAGUUACUAUAAGCAACAUUGGAUUAGCAGGGCCAGCCAUUGUAUUCAGUAUAAGAUAGUUUCAUACAUUUUAUGUGCAGGAGGGAUGCAUUGAUUAUCACUUCAGACAUGUGAUCCAAAUCAAGUGUAUUGUGUUUGUGCAAGAGGUCUUCAGGAAAAAACAAGUUAUUCUAAUUGGCUUGUCAUCCCCAAAUUCCAUUUGUCGAUUAUUUGCAAGCAUUAUAGCUUCAGUUGAUACAAAUGGGUACAUAUCAAUUUAAGAUGUUGAUUCAUGAAAUUGAAACAGUGAAAGAAAAGGGAAGGGAUUCCUUGCAACAAUGGACAUUUACAGGGCCUCCUAGUUAGGGAAACUGUCAUUCACACCCAAAAAUAGACCAAACCAUGACUUCUUUACUUCAUCCACCUUGUUGGUCUUUCCUCUGCUGUAUCCUGUUUCUUUGAUGCUUCUUGGAGUUGACAAGAAGAGGACCUGAAGGUUUCCAUAACUGACCUACUUGAUGCAGAGCCCUUUCUUAAGGACAAUCCAGAAGGUGUGAGUCUUCCUUGAUCUUGUCCACUGUUCUUUCACCAAUGCUUGCAAGUAUUUUUUUUCAGAAGUAACAAUGACAGCUACAGCAAUAAGAACACAACUCAGUACCAUUGCAUAGAAUAUAUUAAUUUUUUAAACAAAGAACUAAAGGAAGAAUCUCACACACUACAAGACUUUUAAACUGGAAACCUGGUAUUCUCCCUCUGCAAAAAAAUCAUGAGUAUCAGAUUUAUUGUGUGCUCCUCAUUUAUAUAAUGAGUCCUGGGAGUCUGAGCUGCCCUUCUCACAUGACUUUCAGUUCUCUCUGUCCUUAAUCAAAUCAGUUGUUUUGUGAUUGUCCAGUGUUGCCUCUUCUUGGAGAUAAAAAUUAUAAUUGCAUGGAAGCUGCCUGAUGAAAAAAAUGUGGAAUUCAGUGGGACUAAGCUGUCCUUUGGGAAGCUGAUGCAAAACCUGUAUGAAUUAAAUCAAAUAGUUAUCACUGUUGUGUCUUUUUGUUAUCUGGCUGAGGUAGUCCAAUCCUGCAUCCUCAGUGAGUUACCUCAUGAAGAAAGGAUGGAGCUUUAUAUUUCACGGUUCCUGCAGAGGUGCUAUAAUGUAUGUUCAAGUGUUGCUGGAGUGUAGCAGCAGUAACUCUGUAAGCCUUUUGCCUUGUUAAUAUUAAAAUUCAUCAGUAUGGGGAAAAGAGUGAAAAUGGCAUCCACACAUACUUAUUCUAAUUGCAGUGGUGAAUAAUUGUAUGGCUGCCCUUGCACCAAGGAACAGACUGUUGUGUGUGCAGCAUUCUCCCCCCAUCCUCAGUUUAACACACAGUCAGCAUUAUUGUGCAUGUUUUCGAGUAGGGGAGGAUGGAAACAGGUGAUGAGUCCCCCCCUUUCAUCAUCAUGAAUGUUCUCCAGCAACAAGAAAACAGGAAUCCAGUGGCUUAGUCAUAGACUACCAAAAUUUAUUCUAGCAGAAGCUUUAAUGAGUCAAAGCUCACACUACACACAUGUAUUUAAAACAGGAUGAUGCUUGAUUGUUGAACCUUAGGAAUACACCGGCAAAUCUAGUGCCAUAUAUUUAAAAUUAAAGAAUAUCAAAAUAAUUCCAGAUUCUCUGUUAUUAAACAAUAGCAAAAAAUGUUGCCGGAAAGAAAGAGCAAGUCUUUUCAUUUCUGUUCUUGGUCACCACAGCUGGACAUUCUUAUAGAUCCUUACAUAAGGAUGUAAUGAAUAAAACUUCACAGUUGCAUUUUCUAACUUUUAUGACCCCAUAAUGUAGUUGACCAUAGCUGAUUAUUGAUUAAACUGGUAGACAAAUAUCCACUUUAAGACUAGCCUUUGUCACUGUCUUUUUAAAAAUCCCAUCUGCUAAUCACAUAAUUACAUCAUGGACUCUGUUCAAAACACAUAUUCAAAAGUCAAUGCUUUCAAAACUUCUUAUACCAUAGUCUCUGUAAAAGAAACAGGUACUUCUAUAAUAAUUUUUUCAUAAUCAAAUUAUACAUUUAUAAUAAAUGGAACCAAACAUUCUCAACUAGAAAAAUUAGUGGCUGUUGGUAUUGUAAAUUAAUGAUAUUAAUGAUAAUAACAAUAAUAAUAGAAUCCAAAGGGUUUUUCAUUUUGUUUUGAUUUUCAGGGAGUUUCUUACAUUGUAGAAUGAAUUGUUUUUAUUUUGAGGUUGUUACAAUAAUUGCUUCUGUAUUUUCUGGCUGCUUGAAUUCUUCAUACCUGUCUAAUAAUAUUGCAGUGCUGCUGUAUCUAGAUCAAACCACUGUUUUGUUUUCCAAUUUGUUUUGGGAUUUUUUUUUUUUUAGAAAAAUAAAUUCCUUUAUUUAAGUAUA